CCCGCGACGAGCAUCUUCGUCUCUUUUGUCAGCCCGCUUGGCUCGGACACAAGCGGCAGCCGUCGAGUCGGGAGAUAAAAAAAAAACGGGAGACGAGUGAGUGACGACAACUACACACACGUACAAAAAAAAUAAAAAUGUCUGGCGAGCACGCCACGCAAACGCCGCCAAACAGCUCGGCCGCGGUGGUCAACGCCUCCACGCCGUCGCCGACGGACGCGCUGGAGCUGAUCGCGGCCGCCGACCUGAUCUCCGCGGCCAACCGCGCGUACGCUGUCCUGGCUGCCACGGCCUUCGUGGCUGGCUGCUUCCUGCUCUACGGCUUCGUUGACACCUGGAGAGCGCGGCGCCGCGUGACCUGGCUGGACCGGUUGCUCUGGGCCUUCUGCGGCCUCCAGCUGCUGCUGCUGCUCUUCUCCCUCUACAACGUGGUGCACCGUCCUCACAGCUUGAGGACGGCGGCGUUGGGCUGCGCCGCGCUCUCCUUCGCCAUCAACACGGCGUCUCUCUGCGGCCUGUUGGUUUUAGCGCUGAUGGCUUACGGUCUCGCCCUCGACCCGCCGUCCAACGGAUUUCUGAGGAGGCCUGGCAUCUGCGCGGCUCUGGUGGUCCUGCCGUCCGUUUGCAUCUCUCUGCUUCUGGCUGGCGUCCGAGGACUGAGCGACGGUCUUCGCCAGGAGACGGACUGUUUUAUGGAUCCGGUCCACGCGGGAGUUUCGUAUGCCGUCGCAAAGCUGUGCUUGGCUUUUCUGAUCCCUUACGUUCUCCAGCUGGCACUUCUGACAUGCGGCUGCGUGCAACAGAGACAAUCAAACGGGAGGUUUCUCUCGGGUUCCGAGCAGACUCCGGUGUUCCUGGCGGUGAGCGUGACGCUGCUGUUCUGCCACCUCUUCUACGCGGCGGCUCUGGUGAGGGCAGCGCGGACCCAGGCGCGGGGCGAGCUGAGCCACCGGCAGCGGGCGUUCGUGAGCGUGGCCGAGCUGGUCUUCUUCGCGGGGAGCUGUGCCUGCCUGGCGCUGGUGCCGUUCGCUCAUCGGCCCAGUCGAGAGAGGCUGGUCGGACUGUUCAGGCGGGCGGCCGAUCGCUGCCCGUGUCCGGCGCAUGCUCAGCCCAACAGGAACAUCAUCACGCCGCACAUCGAGAUCACAGACACCCUGCAGGACAUUGAGUCGUAGAGCUCCGAAUGGCUCUCGUCCAGGAAGACUUCAUUUCUUCUCAAGCACAAAAUGUAUGCAGAGGAGCGCUUCCAUGACUCAAAUCUUAUACAAUGGUGCCUUAAGAUACGAGUGACCUGACUCGCGAUAUGAGCCGUCGCUCGGCAGAAUUUUCGCUUUGACUUGCAAGCAAAAAUUUGAGAUACAAGCGCUGUAUGGCGGCAGUGAACUAAACCCACUUCACAACAAGCAACAGUGUGGCCGACCUCAAAAAUGAGGCUUCAAUCUUUUCAUUGCCCCACCAAGUCGAAGUUUUUUGAAUUACAAUUGUUUUUAAAACAACCACAGAGUUUCACUUUAGAUGAGUCCAUUUAGCUUAAUGCUAACAAAUAAUGCAAAACGUCAUCCACGGGCUAACAAAUAGCAUCGGUAUUACGUUGUUAUAACCCUUUAAGCAAUGGAUAUUUGACCACAAACAGUGGAACAACGUAGACAGAUAUAAUUUUCACAGGCAUAUAUUCUUCAUCCUCUGCAAAGAACGAUUAAUAUUACUGCAGUUUACUGAGGAGGUUUGACCAACCCCAUGUUGAUCUGCAUGUCUGUAUUAUACUGCCCCCAGGUGGCCAAGGCGCGCACAUCAGAAGGAGUGGCACAAUGUUGAUUGAAUUUAAACCCCCCCCCCCAAAAAAAAUUUGCAAACAGUUUGCAUUUUUAUCUAUUUAAUCAUGUCAUUACUGUAUCUUUAACUUUUCAUCAAGUACAAUAUUAUAGAGCGCCAUUUUACUUAUUAAAAACAUCCCAACAUUUUUUUCUUGGUUUUUUUUGGGGGGGGGGGGGGGGGGGCGCUGGAACAAUUAACGGCAUUUUCAUUCAUUUCAAACGGGGAAAAAAAUUGAGAUACGAAUGUUUUGAGCUACAAGCGUGGUCACGGAACAAAUUAAACUUGUAUCUCAAGGCACAGCUGUGUAGCAAAACUCAGGAAACUCCAAGGUACUCUCUUUGGAAAAAUAAAAAAAGCCUUAUUGUUAUGAAUUGGUCAUUUUUAAGCUUAAAAAUAAUGACGUGUUUGGGCAUUAAAGCAAUUGUCAGGGAGUCGACUGUUUUCAAACUGGAAAAGACUUCCUUCUCACCACAUUGCUGAAGUUCUGAGAGUUUAGACCAGGGCUGUCUGAACUUGUUUUUCCUCGUUUGUAAGCAUUGCUGUCACACUUUGCAUGUUGACCGGACAGUGGCACAAAAACAAA